CUACAAAAUAAUAUCCAUUUUGCUAUGUUUGGGGGAAGAAGAAAAUUGGUUGUAGUGAUAUCACUAUCAUAUCUGUCAUAUAAUGAUCUUACCGCUAUGGUAAUAAUAAUUGCACAUCAUAUCACUGUCAUAUCAUGAUAUUAACAGAAAAUGGCUAAUAUUUGAAGAAUUACAAAAGAAUUGGCUAAUAUUUUAUAUUUCGAAAGGUUUCGUUAAUAAUUUGUAAAUUUUGAUAGGUUUGGUUAAUAAAUUAUGUUUAUCCUUAAUUUUGUAUUUCGAAAGGUCAUGGGGCGUCGCUUCAGUGGUCAACGAGGAUGAAGAUAGCGCUGGGAGCUGCCAAGGGACUCCAAUUUCUUCACGAUUCCCAGAAGCCGGUGAUCUACCGGGAUUUCAAAGCUUCCAACAUACUCUUGGACUCCGAUUACACUGCUAAACUAUCCGAUUUUGGGUUGGCGAAAGACGGGCCGGAAGGACCCGAAAGCCAUGUCUCGACCAGAGUCAUGGGCACUCCUGGCUACGCUGCACCGGAGUACAUCAUGACGGGCCACCUGACGUCGAGGAGUGACGUGUACAGUUUUGGGGUGGUGUUGCUAGAACUGCUGACGGGGAGGAGGUCCGUGGACAAGGCUCGGCCGCUGAGGGAGCAGAACCUGGUGGCAUGGGCUAGGCCCAUAUUGAGCAGCCCGAGGAGAAUGAGCAGGAUCAUGGACCCGAGGCUCGAUGGUCAGUACUCGGAAACUGAGGCGAGGAAGGCGGCGACAUUGGCCUACCUGUGCCUCAGUCUCCGACCCAGGCAUAGGCCCAAGAUGAGCUACGUGGUCAGGACUUUGGAGCCGCUCAAGGACUACAAGGAUUUUGCAAUGGGUACCUUCAUCUACGAGGCCCAAAAUUAGAGAAGCGAAGGUGGUCAUUAAUAAAGUUGGCGAAGGUGUUGUUAGUGAGUGGUAUAAAAUUUAUUAUUGAACUUCUCCCAAAAACUCGAGUUAUUGGGACCAUCUGGUUCUUCACAUGAUAUCAGAGCCUGUUGUGGUCGGGAGGUCUUGUGUUCGAAUCACGAUGACCGCAUUUGUGAAGCACAUGUAUUCUUGACAGGUGUAAGAGGUGAUUUUCGUGGCCGUCGAUUCUGGAAAAAAGCUCUAUAGCUUUACAUGUUGUUAGCUGUACUUUGGUGUCUAAUUUGUUGGUCAUUCAGAAAAGAAAGUAGUCAUUCGUGUGGCUAAAAAAGCUCUUGCUUCGUUCCCUAUUGAUAUAGUAGGUUCUGAUUUCCAUUUGUAAUUUAUGUCAGUUUUUUAAAGUAUGUAUCUGUUCUUGAUAAUACCAUCUAUCGCUUUGUAAAUACAUCAUUGUCCUAAGCUAAUAAGAAUGUUAAGGAUUC